AUGCUCCGUGUCUUUUCAAUUUAUCAUUUUCUUUCUUUCUUUCACUCUUUCUUUCAUUCUUUCUUUUUGCUUUCUUUUCUUUCUUUCUUUCUUUUUGCUUUCUUUCUUUUUUUCAUUCAUUCUUUCUUUCUUUCUCUCUUUUUGCGUUCUUUUUUUUCUUUCUUCCUUGCUAGCUUUCUUUCUUUUCUGUCUUUCUUUUUUCUUUCUUUUCAUGCUUUCUUUCUUUCUUUCUUUCUUGCUAGCUUUCUUUCCUUUAUUUCUUUUUUCUUUGUUUGCAUCUUUCUUUCUUUUUCUUUUAUCUUUCUAUCUUUCUUUUCUUUCUUUCUUGCUAGCUUUCUUUCUUUGCUUUUUUCUUUCUUUUAUCUUUCUUUUUUCUUUCUUUCUUUCUUGAUAGCUUUCUUUUUUCUUUGUUUGCUUCUUUCUUUCUUUUUCUUUCUUUCUUUUAUCCUUCUUUUCUUUCUUUCUUUUUUGUUUGCUUCUUUCUUUCUUUUCUUUCUUUCUUUCUUUUUUCUUUGUUUGCUUCUUUCUUUCUUUCUUUUUCUUUCUUUUUUUUCUUUUUUCUUUGUUUGCUUCUUUCUUUCUUUCUUUUUCUUUCUUACUUUUUAA